CCCGAAUAGAGCCAUUUUGAUUCUUGAUUAUUUCUUAACUAUCCUAUCUAUUAGUAUACAUCAUUUGAAAGAAUCAAUCUGAAGAAUCAAUAUCAUCAUCAUCAGACAAUAUGACCUCCGCCGACACGCAGCAAUCCCUCGACAUUCAAAUCCAAGAUGAUUUGAAAUACGACAUUCGUAUCGAGAAUUCCUACGUGGAGAGCGGCGAAUUCCACACAGACGGCGACCCAGACGACAUCCUCACCACAGACGAUGUCGACGACAUGAGCAUCCGCCACAACGGCGGCAAGCGCCACGUCUGCUCCUCCGGCGACGUCGGAUCCACGGCCGGUCCGCGAGGCCGCAUCGACCUCGUCGACGACGUGACCGACAACCGCAUCUGCACGCUCGCCUGGAGUGCCUUUAUGGAGCCCGGCAGGCCUAACCAGUUCAUGAUGCGCAACCAUGAUCCCAAUUAUGAUGUUGAUAUUGGAGACUAUAAUGAGUUUGGGACGAUGGGUGUCGUGCCUGUUUCGGUGAGGGAGUUGUAAGAGUCUAAUGGUAUUGCUUGCUUGAAUUGGAUUUACUCUGCUGUGGGAUGUUCAUUGGUUGGGUUUGUGUUGAGGCCAAAAGAAAAGGCAAAGGAGGGGAGGGGACGUUUAUAGUGCUUGAUUUGUCUUGUGUUUUUAUGUAUCUAUGAGGUCUUUUCCUCUCUUAAUACUAGUAUUUGUUGGUUACAUGACAGUCAUUGGUAUAUACCUC